AGUGGUGUGUCGGGUCAGAGCCCAAUCAUUGGAUGUCGGAGCGGCAUGACAUUCGGGAUGCAUGAAUGGUAACUGUAAUGGUUAAUUUGUCACGUACACAAUGCUAUAACGUAGUCAAUUUAGAGAUGGGUUCCGAAUGAAGAAUUUGUCUAGCGUGACAAGUUGCCGAAAUCUGAUGUGGGGUGCUUUAAGGAGCGAGGAUGCAACAGAAGCGGAAUAUUCAGAUCAUAGAAUGGGAGGACCUGGACAAGAGGAAGUUCUAUUCCUUUGGGGUCUUCAUGACCAUGACCAUUCGGGCCACGGUAUACCCCGCCACCCUCAUCCGCACCAGGCUGCAAGUGCAAAAGGGGAAGUCCCUCUACAAUGGAACACUUGAUGCCUUUGUCAAGAUCUUGCGAGCCGAGGGCGUGAGGGGCUUGUACCGCGGAUUCAUGGUCAACACCUUCACCCUCAUCUCAGGCCAGGCGUAUAUCACCACCUAUGAGCUUGUGCGCAAGUAUGUCUCCACCUACUCUAGUAACAAUACUGUCAAGUCAUUGGUGGCGGGAGGCUCAGCAUCUCUGGUGGCCCAGAGCAUCACUGUCCCUAUAGAUGUAAUCUCUCAGCAGCUUAUGAUGCAGGGCCAAGGGGAACAUCUGACACGCUUCCGCAUCAAGCCAAAGAUGGUGGGGGCAAAGCACAAAGUCACUUUUGGCCAGACUAGAGACAUUAUCGCCCAGAUCUUCGCAAUUGAUGGGCUUCGGGGAUUCUACAGGGGCUACAUGGCGUCGCUCCUCACCUACAUCCCAAACAGUGCUGUCUGGUGGCCUUUCUAUCACUUUUAUGCAGAACAGCUAUCGAAAAUGGCACCUAGUAAUUGCCCCCAUCUGGUUCUGCAAGCCAUGGCCGGACCUCUAGCUGCAGCUACUGCCUCCACAGUUACAAAUCCAAUGGAUGUUGUCAGAGCCAGAGUCCAGGUUGAAGGCAGGUCCUCCAUCAUUGUGACAUUUAAGCAGCUGAUAAGAGAAGAAGGAUUCUGGGGAAUGACCAAGGGACUGUCGGCCCGCAUCAUAUCCUCCACACCCACAGCGAUAGUCAUGGUGGUCGGCUAUGAGACGCUGAAAAAACUGAGUCUCCGACCAGAGCUGGUAGACUCCAGACACUGGUAGAGGACAUCUUGUGUACUUGCCCAGUCGAGCCUGUACCGACCCAGUAAUGACUCCUCUAAACACCUCAUCCUUUGUCAGUCAGCCUUUUAAAACUUUGUUGCCUUGUGAUAUUUCAUUGUGUGGUGGAGACCAUUUUUAUUUUGUUUGUGAUGAAAGAAGAGAUUGAGAAGCCUCAGUGUUGCAAGCAUACUUUGAGCUCUGUCUGCAUCAGUCUCGCCUGACAGUCUGGGUGAUGUGUAGAAUGUGUACGCUUAGCUCUCACUCAAUAUUUUCAACCCCUUACCAGAUGUGAACAUUUUUAAACAAGACAUGGAUUUAGUACACAUUCAUUAUUCUAAAUUGUAAACCAACUUUGUUUUUUAAACUGGGUAAGAACACAAUUAGGAUUUGUAAUUUUAUGAACUGUACAGUUGUGUACCCCAUUCCAGAUGUGUGUAUAUUGUGCUAAACUGGGUGUUGAACAUGUCAUUGCCACCGGUCCUGAGUGUGAUGUAUUUUUUGUUGUUGUUGCACAUGAAAAGAUGUAUAUGAAAAUGACCAAAUUUGAACAUCAAAUUUGCUGGAGUAGGCAUCUCUCUGAUUUACUUAGCUGAUCGUUCAAGUGUAAUGUCACAAAGAAAGGACAUGAAAAUGGGCCCUUGAGUGAGGAAUCAUGUUCUUUCGUGAGCAGUAGUACAUAAAACAAUGUUAUGUGUGUGAGCAAAUCCGUGUCAAUCACUUGUGUAUGUGUGUAUUCCCCUAGAUCAAUGUGCAUACAAAGGACUAUUGAAACCAAGACGUGUCACAUGCUCUAGUUGAAUUUAUAUGUGACAUACCGAUCAUUGGAACAGUUUGCUGUAAAUUAAGUAGUCACAGACAAAUUGUGUGUUUGAAUCCCGUGUCUUUACCCAACACCAGGUAAUGCAUACAUCUCAGAUCAGACUUUUCCAUUGUGCCACAAACUCUAACCCCAUGUUACAGUUUAGUGAUGGUAGUAAGAAGUGGCCUCUCCUCUCUACAAUUCUUUUCAGCUCUUGGACCAUUUGCAUAGCACCAGGUGUUUAGAUUGGACUGCACAGUAAGCAUUGUGUGUUGGAAAGGUCAGGAAGGCAAUGAAUGAUGUUGGAAUGAUGGACGCUGAGUGGAAUGUGGUGCUUCCUCCCCCUGCUGUAAUGCUGUUUUGGCCCUGUAGAGGGCACAGUAAGAGGAAGCUAACCCCUUUAGCCAGGGCUGUGCACUGAACUAAUAAACCUUAACACUGA